AACCACACUUUCCCCUAUCUCAUAACUCCAACUUCACCAUCAACAAUCUCCCCUUCCGAGUACAAUGAGUGGAAUCGCGGUCAUCGGUGUAGCCGCGGUCACGAUGGUUAUCGCUACACUAGUAAUCGCGCCACCAUACACUUGCCACGCGAUGAUCAACAAUAACCACCAGCAGCAGUUGCAUCCAAUAAUCCUAAUACCCGGAGCGGGUGGCAACCAGCUAGAAGCCCGGUUAACAACCGAGUAUAAAGCGACUAGCUUGUUGUGCAACCGGUUCUACCCGCUUAACAAGGAUAAAGACGGGUGGUUCAGGCUGUGGUUCGACAUAGGCGUGUUGGUAGCACCGAUUACCGAGUGUUUUGCCGAACGUAUGACGCUUUAUUAUGAUCAACAAAUUGAUGAUUACAAAAAUGCUCGUGGAGUGGAGACUAGAGUGUCUCAAUUUGGUUCUACUCAGUCACUUCUCUACCUUGAUCCUUCUUUCAAGCAUAUAACUAGUUACAUGGAACCAUUGGUGGAGUCUAUACAACAACUUGGCUACAAAGAUAGCCAGAAUCUUUUCGGAGCUCCAUAUGAUUUUCGAUAUGGAUUGGCAUCAGAAGGGCAUCCUUGUAAUGUCGGCACAACAUUCCUCGAAAACCUAAAACAUCUAGUCGAAAACGCAAGCCAUGCAAACGACGGAGCUCCAGUGAUCCUCGUCUCCCACAGUCUAGGAGGCUUGUUCACGCUCCAACUCCUCAACCGUAACCCACGAGCAUGGCGCGAACAGUACAUCAAACACUUUAUUGCAUUGUCCGCGCCAUGGGGUGGCACAGUUGACGAGAUGUUGACUUUUGCCUCAGGGAACGCACUAGGUGUUCCCUUGGUGAACCCGUUGCUGGUCAGAAAUGAGCAACGGAGUUCAGAGAGUAAUUUGUGGCUCAUGCCACGACGAAAACAGUUUCCUCUCGAGACACCGUUGGUCGUGACACCAAAGUCAACUUACUCUUCUUUUGACAUAUCGCUAUUCCUUAAAGAUAUCGGGUUUGAAGAAGGCGUGCACCCUUACGAGACUCGAAUACUACCUUUGGUUGAAAAGUUGGAUGCACCGGGCGUGCCGGUAACGUGUAUAUUCGGAAAUGGUGUCCUGACACCGGAAACUUUGUAUUACGGGGAAGACGGGUUUGAUAAGCAGCCGGAAAUCGCUUAUGGAGAUGGUGAUGGGACGGUGAAUAUAGCGAGUUUGUUGGCGUUGGAGGAUGAGUGGAAGGAUGAGAAAGAUCAGAAGCUGAAGGUGAUUAAACUUGCGGGAAUUUCUCACACGAACAUACUCAAAGAUGAUACCGCGCUUGCUCAAAUAAUCGACGAAAUCUCUACUAUCAAUUCCGACGUAUCUUCUUCACCAUUCGUUUCGAGUUCGUAGACAGUAGACAAAUGUUUUGUUCAUUAUAGAAAUUGUGACAGUGUGACAUGUUGACAAAAACAAAACAUUUCUAGUUAUUAUAUGUAUCUGUAUAUUAUUAUAUUUACUUUUAUAGGUAAAUGAUCAAAUAAAAACAAAAUUAACGUACGAAACGUACGCAUUGAGGGAAAAAGCAAAAAGUGGCGGUGUCAUUUUGGUAAUUAUCGGCAACUUCAAAA